ACAGCCUCCGCGCUUGCAGUGGUGGUGUGCUUCAGCCUCUUUCUCCUUUUAAUUCCUUUUUUUAAUAUCAACUACCUCGACGUUGGAAUUUUGUGCACCGCAGUUGUUGCUGACUUUUCAUUCAUUGAAGUACAUCGGGAGAAACAUGAGGCUCUCAUUCAUCAUAUUACUGGGGCUAUGUUUAAUAGCUGGCUGCAUGUCAGAAGAGGAUUAUGAGUAUGAGGAUGAGCCAGCCCCUGCUCCAGUCACCCCAGCCCCUGCUAGACCUGGAAGACUUGGAGGCCUCUUAUCUCCACGUGCACGAGCACCAGCUGGUAGAAAAGCAUCUCCCGCAUCGACAACACCAAAGCCAGUUGAGCAACCAGUUGAAGAAGAGUUCGACGAGGGUGAAGAGGUAGUUGAUGAAAAUCAAGAACCCGAAGAGGCACCAUCCACAACUACUGAAGCUACAAAGAAACUUCGUGCUGGAGGAGUUAGGCCUUUUAGAUCGAAUGAGGAUCUCCUUGCUGCUCUCAAACGACGAAGGGCUGAAGCUGGCACACACAAGAAAGAGCAUCCCACCACGCAGGCAUCUGCAGAUUCUUCAGCAUCAAAAGCGAAGGCGUCAGGACGUAAAAAUAAUGAAUCAACGACGAGAGCACCAGUCCGAGGUCGAUUCGGUGGUAGUACAAGAGGAAAAAACAAUCAAGAAGAAGUCCAAGAGUCUCAGCAAGAAGAAAUUCAAGUCAAGCCUAAGCCCUAUCGCAGAGGUUGAAAAAAUUCCAAUAAAUUGUCAAUAAAUUUCAA